GCAGACACUCUGGUUGUUGUCUCUAUGUUGGCUGUACUCUCUCUUCCCCGUAGUCUUGUUCCUCUGGAGUCCCGGAAGUAAGUGAGAAGCGGAAUGGCGGAAAGUCCAGCGGCUGAAGCGAUUAUCCUCCCAGGAGCUGCGGCAGGUGGGGGUGUCCUUCCUCAUCUGAGCGGGCUCCAAGCGCCUGGGACAUCUCCUCUGACAACCUCCUCGGUGUGGGACCCGACAGCCAGCGCCGACUGGGAUAACGAGAGGGCAUCUAAUCAGUGCGUGCUGCGGAUAAAGAGGGAUAUUAUGUCCAUUUAUAAAGAGCCGCCCCCUGGUAUGUUUGUGGUGCCAGAUCCUCAUGACAUGACAAAGAUCCAUGCACUCAUCACAGGCCCGUUUGAUACACCUUAUGAAGGUGGUUUCUUCUUGUUCCUGUUCCGGUGUCCCCCAGACUACCCAAUACACCCACCUCGGGUUAAAUUGAUGACAACAGGGAAUAAUACUGUGAGAUUUAACCCCAAUUUCUACCGCAAUGGCAAAGUCUGCCUGAGUAUUCUAGGAACUUGGACAGGACCUGCAUGGAGUCCAGCUCAGAGUCUCUCUUCAGUGCUCAUAUCAAUCCAGUCUCUUAUGACCGAGAAUCCCUAUCACAACGAACCCGGCUUUGAGCAGGAGAGACACUCUGGCGAUAGCAAGAACUACAAUGAGUGCAUUCGACACGAGACCAUUCGGGUAGCGGUGUGUGAGAUGCUGGAGGGCAAGUGCCAAUGCCCUGAUGCAUUAAGGAGUGUUAUGGAGAAAUCAUUUAUGGAAUAUUAUGACUUUUAUGAAGCAGUUUGCAAAGAUAGAUUUCACCUACAAGGGCAAAACAUGCAGGAUCCAUUUGGUGAGAAGCGAGGCCACUUUGAUUAUCAGUCUUUGCUGAGCCGCCUUCAGACCAUUCACCAGCGAGUGAGGGAGAAGCACCGGAAAGAGACUGUGGAUAUAGACUCUGAUUCGAGCUCCUCAGAGACAGAAACUGACACACAGGGAAGCUCAAAUCCUUAAGUGGAUGGGAAUGUAACUGUGUAGCGCUUGGUGUGUCGUCACUUCAGACUGUUAUGUUAGCCGAGUAUCAUGGAUUGUGUUUGACAAGAAAGGACCUUGCUGACACCUCGCCUCUUUGCCUUGGAUGCUGUAUGGAUGCAGUGUCAAGUAAUCACUCUAAUUACUAAGGAGCAAAUGGGAAAAGCUUUUAUGGAAUGGAUUCCGAAUCAUGGAGCGUUUGGAUUUCUCGCCAGGGCAGCACUUUGUUACAAUGUAUGAUUUUCUCUCCUCUUUGCAGAAUAGUCAUGUAUUGGUCCCGAUGAGCCAAAGAGUCUUGACAAUAGGAGAGCAGAAUUCAGCCACGUGAUCUCAAGCACAUGCGAAAUGCCAUUUUUUAUUUUUCAGAUUUGACAGAAGCCACUACUUUUUAAUUGUUUUGUUUUUUGUUUUUUUUUGUUCACCCCACAAAGAAAUGCACUUUGUCUUUUGCCUUCUGGGCUUUGUCUGUGUAGAUGUUGUACAUAUGUUUGCUAGGGGAAUAAACCAAGGCUUCUUAGAUAAGUUCUUAGCACCCCCCACCCACUAAUAUCAGGGUCCCUUAAUAGGUGUUAAUUUAUGAAGAGCAAAUAUAAUCUGUAAAUACAAAAAAAAA